GUGAGGCUCCUGGCCUCAUUUCCCCUGUUCCCCAACAGCCAAAAACCACUGGGAACGGUAUCACCUCCCUGAUUCAAAUGUAUCAACAGAAGGAUGAUGAUGUUGCCGCCUCCCAGUCUCCGCGCCCAUCUCGUCUUCCAAUUCGCCAACUCCCUGCAAUACCAGACCCUGCCUUACCCCCCGAACCGAUCCUCCGCCAGAGCCAUAUUGAAUCCCCCACCCCCCGCCUUCGCUCCUCUGGCAUUCCAGUCAGCGUCAUCAAAUCGACUCAAAGCCCUUCACAAACCCAGUCACCUGUCCGUCAACCUCCACUUCCAGACCCUCUUGCUUCUCAACAGGUAGCUUCUCGCACCACUGCCCCUCUGCACACUCUUGCUGAGGACGAAGUUGACCUAGAGGAAGACAACCCCCUCGAACCUCCACCAGCUGUUGACCUUAUUCCAAGGAUGCCAAGUCCAGGUCGGUAUAUUCACGGAGCUCCUCUUCAUAAUGUCAUGGAAGAAGAGGAAGAAGAUUAAGUACAGCGUAUUUUUCCCGCCCUCCCCCUCUCUUAUAUUGUUAUGCUCAAUUUCUCAUGAAUCCCGCUUGUGCUGGUGAAAUUUUCCUGUAUCCCUUUGCCCAACACUCGUUAACGCUUUUUGUCCUCUCUUCUCUUUCUUACCAUGUGUUGCGUGCAAACCCAAAUUGUGCAAGCGACAUACGAAGUACCUUCCUUGCUCAAUUAUAUCCCUUUAUCUCCCUGGCGCAGUCUGUCGAGCACAUAGUCGUUGUUGUGCCUUCGUGAAUCAGAACGAUUUCCUAUGCGUUUGGUGGGGUGAAAAUUAGAAAAGUUGUGAAUCAUACAUAAAGAUCUAGCAGUGCAAGUGACAAGGUCUAUUUCUUGGCAGCCCCUACUGCCUUUUCUUCGACCUUAA